AGGGAAGGAGUUUCUUUUAAGCCAAAAGCAAGCAAAAAAAGGGUUUCCCCAGAGUGAACAGCAUACUCAGUUUUUCAGUCCUCUCCUUGCUUGAAGUCGAGUAAUUUUUUCCAUGAAGUUGUUGUGUAAGCUUAGCUCGAGAAAGAGUACUAAGUACAUAUAGUUCUAUGUUAGUGGAAAGCCAUCAAAUUGAGUUCCCUUUUUGGCCAUGGGAGAUCCUGUGCCAGUCCCUUAUGCAAGUAGAUCUUUUAGGCGAGUAGUAGGGAAUCGUUCCCGUCGCCUUUUCUCAUCCCAGGGUAUCUCGGGGGCUUCAAGAUCCAUGCAAUCCCCCUUCUGUUCUAUGAGUUAUAACAUCCCUGAGUCCGUGGAUGUGGUGCUAAGGCCUUUUUCGAGUGGGAUCAAGUUUAGAGAGCCAGAACCUGUUGUUGGAGUGAUAAGAUAAUUCCUUCCAUCCAUUUAAGCAGGAGUUCAUAGUGCUAUUCCCUCUGCCCUUUCAAGCCAGUGUUCAGUCCUAAGUUAUAAGCAGCUAACGAGCUAAAAGGCUGAAUACCUUCUGGGUAUUAAGUCUGGUUUUUCCUUAGGGAGAGGGACUGUUGAAAAAGGGAAAGUAGAUUCUAGGAUAAGAAGCAAGCCCCUCUAUGCGUAAUGCCCUUGGAUUUCUUCUAGCUUCAAUUGCUAAUGCUCUCCUUUUGAAUUCUGCCUUAUUUAGGGUUUUAGUUGUGGAUUGAAAUCCAGUGGAAGUUGAAGAAAAAGGGUAAGCCUCUCUCGAUGGGAGUGAGUUGCCUUAUAUCCAGCCUAGUUCCCUUGAAGUCGGAGUAGUGCAUAGGGCCAUUCCUUUUCCAAGUGAACCAGCCCAUAUGAGGCAAGCAAGGGAAGGAAUAACUAUAAGAUUCGGAAUCGAAUUCGUUUUUAUUUUAAGCAAGUGUUCGUUUAUCCCAUAGAUUCCGGAAUAAAAUGAAGAGAUGCCGAUGCAAUUGAAUGAAAUAAUUCGCAGUAA